GUCGCAUAAAUGGACCAUCCUCUCGUAAACAGGUUGUCCUGAGAGACAGAGAGACAGAGGGAAGAAGUAAUUUAAAUGCUGGAGCAGCGGCGAGGCAGCAUCAGCACACGUCUAGAUCUGUGGUCGGUUGUUUACAUCGCGAGGCAACGACAUGCGGCUGGUUCCCUCUACCAUAUGGUGGCAUCAGAAGCUCUCGUAAACCUCAGAAGCUCCCCGACGAGUCCACACAUGCAGCCGUAGACUCCGAGACAGGUGCAUGUACGAACAGUAGAAGCCCAAUAGAACAACAUUAUAGACGGGAGUCGUGCUUGCAGGAAAGGUCUCGCGCCCAACAUUUGUCAAAGUUUCACAGGGGCACCAUUAUGCUAAAUCAUUUUCCAGCCUCAGCAGAGAUUUGUGCAGUGGACGGCGAAAACGUCACCAAUAGAGGCCCGGUGACAUAAAGAUGAGGAGGCGCCUCGGAUGACUUCACGACGUGGUGUCUGUGGACUUUUUCAGCAGCAAAAGGGUUACCUGACAGACGAAUAGCUAAGAUGGCGGGAACCAAGGCUUUUCUGGUCGACUUUGUGCUGGGACUGGCUAUGAUGAAAACAAUCAUUUCAUCUUCCGAAGGGAAACAAAGUGUUGCAGAAGGACGGUGGGAUAUGACACUGGCCAUUGAGAGACUUUUGCACCACUACGACCUUAGAAUACGUCCCAAUUUUAGAGGUGCUCCUGUUAAAGUUGGAGUCGUUAUAGAUGUAAUUAGCAUAGACAGCAUCUCAGAUGUCAAUAUGGAAUACACAGUAUCUUACGACAUCCGUCAGUUUUGGGUAGACGAAAGGCUAGACUUCCGCCAUCUUUACGACGGAGACAAGAUGACAUUUGAAGGAGAAACCACCCUAAGAAUCUGGCGGCCGGACACCUUCAUCAAGAACGGCAGGGGGUCCAGGUUCCAUGACGUCACCAUCGGACAGCAGCUCAUGCACAUUUUUAAGAACGGAAGCGUCAUUUAUAAACUAAGACUGACAACCACGGCCUCGUGCUGGAUGAAGAUGCACAUGUACCCGUUGGAUGCUCAAAACUGCACACUCCAGUUCGAAACAUACGGUUAUACUACUGAAGAUUUAGUGUACUACUGGCUUUGGGGAUUUGAAUCCGUGAGAGGGUUUGAAAAUGUCGAGUUGCCUCACUUUGACCUGGGCGGUUACGAUACUCACGAGACGGCGGCACAGUACACCACAGGACAGUUUUCCGGGCUUGCUGUUUCCUUCGUGAUACGAAGAAAUAUGGGAUACUUCAUAUCUGAGACGUAUCUCCCGUCAUGCCUUGUGGUGGCUGUUUCCUGGGUCUCGUUUUGGAUCAGCCCGGAUGCUUCUGCUGCGCGGGUGCUUCUGGGCAUCAUGACUGUGCUGACGAUGACAAACCUGGACGCCACGGUGCGACAGGGUCUCCCCAAGAUAUCGUACGUAAAGGCCAUUGACGUGUACCUGGUGGGAUGCCUUAUAUUUGUGUUCGGCGCUCUGUUGGAGUACGCCGCCGUUAACUACCACUACCACACGGCCACCAUGAAGAAAAGAAAGAAGGAAGGUGUUAGACGAAAGUGGAGGAGACUUGCUUACAAUCGAAGUUUGCAGGAGGAGCGGAACGGUGACUUGAUGGAGAUGGGGAGGGUACAGCCUGCUGGAGGGAUUAUACAUCAGAUGAACGACUCUGAUGAUUCUGACGACAUCGUAGACCUCACCUCCACUGGUAAGAUAAGAAGACGGCUUCGAGUAACGGACUUUGACAACGAAGAAGGUAUCGGGGGAGACUCCAAAGACAUUGAAAUAAUCGAAGAGACUAUUGAAAGAACGACAGCUCCUAAGAAAGUACUGGAGAAAGAAGUAAAUUGCACUUCAAGAUCGAGACUAAACGACACUACUGUUAGGAACUGUGGAGUGGACUGUUGCCCUGAUUGCAAGACGCCGUUCGGGAUGCAGAAAAUACCCUGCGUUAAGGGGAUAAAGCGGAAGGGACCACAUAGAUAUUACGUUGACGUGGCUGACAUGAUGGGAAGUUCUUACUCCAAAUUUGUCCGCAAGCAUGGCGCCCCAUUCGGUAGGAGAUACCCAGAUACUGAUGGUGAUGAUGAUGAUGACGUCAGAACGAUAACAGGGAACGGGCGGAUACGCAUGCGCAGUGGGGACGACUUUGUGCCUGACGAACAGAGGGGGUUUGCAAAAGCAGCUACGUUUCCCUCGCGACCAAGAAGAACGCAGUCAGAGAAACGGCGUGAUCAUUUAGCAAAUGUGUCUGGACUUUCAGGCAAGAGACGAAGAAACUCAAUGCUUGACGAUCCUCCUCGGAGUAACGAGGAACCGAGAAGGAACUCAUUCAUCCAGUCUUUGGACAUGGGAAGGCUAGGGUGGUUCCGAACAUUUGGAGGGAGAUUGUCCCUUUCUGAGAUCACCGAGAAACUCAUCAAAGACGAAAAUGUGAACCGAAUAGACAAGAUCUCGCGAAUCAUGUUCCCUUUUACUUUCGUAGUAUUGAACAUCAUUUACUGGGCAGCCACAUAUGCAUAGCAACUAGAAACGCACUGAUAGUACUGGUGUAGUUAUAAUUGAAUGAUGUCAAUCAUACCCACAUAUCAAAACUUUGAUUGAUUCCCCUAUCUCAUGCUGCUUUUAUUUCCACAGGGAAUCAAAAAGUAAGACAGAAGAAUGUCCUUAUCAAUGUCGUGUUUGACAAGUGUCCUUGACAAAUAUUAACUGUCAGUACAAAAAGUCGUCAGAAAUCUUUUAGAAAAUUCAGAAUUUUCGGAAACUUUAAUGUAACGAUUAAGAAGUCAAGCCGUACAAAAUGAAGUCCAGAAUGUUUGCCGUUAUACCUUUAGUGUCUUUAUGUGCACAACGUAGACUAUAGGUUAAAUGGAACAGGGACUAGCCGCUAGUGCCUCGUCAUCCUGUAACGUUUAGAUGCCAUACAGAUUAGCCUGUGUUACUCAAUCUUCUGAACCAAGAGAUUUUAUUUGUUCACCCCUGAGUCAGGAGACUUAUUUGAAAAAAAAGUACCAAUACGAGCUCAGCAUUCGUUGCCUUUCGCAGCCUCAAAGACCAUAGUUAUAGACAGUUCUCAGCCUGACGAUAAUUGGUUCAUCUGUAAUAGGAUUAGGAUUUUUCCAUUCUUCUGACUCAGCGGUGUUGGUCUCCAAGCUUCUAUAGCGGCCUGGCAAGUGGUAAGCUGCUAGAUGCGUAAUUUAGCCAGGCUAACGAACAGUUGUAUAAGACAUGAAUGGCAUUGCGGUUACAUUUGUUGAAAACACAUCACUUCAUUGUAUUACUACGUACAUUUAUUCGAUAGUGUGAAACCACUUUCAAGUGCAUAACUCUGUGCUUAGGAGAUUUUCUAUCAGUUAGCUAUAUCAUAAAGUAUCAUCUUUGUUCAACUUGGUUGCUGUACAUCAUCGUUACGAAAAAUGUCCGAACAAACGUAUACAGAUCUAUAUGUCAAAAAUUGCAGAUAACACACGAUAGAUCUUGUAGCGUGUGAUACCAGACAGUCCUUAUCUUUAUAAGAGCAAAAUAGAUAUUCAUAAAGCAACCUUUAGCUUCAAUGUAUUAUACUCAUUCUAAUCAGGGUUUGAUGUCAAUGGCGUAGACUAAGAGAAUGAUUAAAAACCGUAUAAUUGAAUAUAGGUUAUGCAUUAUGUCACCGUAUACACCUCGAGGUGGGUCAUAAACUCUUAAUUAUUUCUCACAUGGAAAUAUUUUGCAUAGUUGAUGAAACUCUGAUCACAUCUGAAAUUUUGUAUGUA